GCAAAAAGUACGUGUAACAGCAGCUGCUACUCGACGUGCGUUACGAAGCGAAGGUUUUGCCGAACUUAAUCGUGAUGGAUUUGGACAAGUGGACGUUUUUCGUUCUCAUAUUGUUCGCACGUCACGUGUCGGCUGAAGCUCCGCUGGGGGUCGAUCGCAGUUUAUUCUGUGAGAGUUGUUUGGCCCUGACAAAAGAAAUUGAAUCAAUUUUGACAAGAACCUCGAAUGAAUCCAGAGAAGAGAUCGCGGAAAGUCUGAGCAAGGGAAUCCUGUGCGAGAAGGUCUCCUUCACAAGUUCUCGUCUUCAUACUGAGGAUCAAAUGAGAGAAGCAUGUGAACAUCUGCUGGAAAUCCACGGCGAAGACUUUGGUGCGGAGUUGCUCGAGAAACAAAUCCAUCUGGACAUCGCGCUGUGCUACGAGCGCUCUUUGGUCUGCGUCGGAAUUAAACGGCACAAAAAUCAGACCCGUCACUCGGCAUCUGUGGACAGUGACAUCCAGGCCUUGAUGGAGAAGAACAAGUCCAAAGUGCGCACCGCGGGACCUGUGCGCGCGGACACCGCAAAACCUUCAAAAGACGAGCUGUAGCGGAGAACUGGACGCUGGGACAUUUAAACGUCGACGUUUCAUUACAACCUUCUCUCUUAAGAUCCGACUGCAUAUAGCUCUGUAUUGUUUAUUUUAGUGCUCCAUUUAGUUAAGUUCCAUAUUUUGUCUUUUUUUUUUUUUUUGGAAAUUCCUUGUUUGAAGGACAGGAUUAUUCCGUUUGCCUACAUGAUGUUGCCGUCCAAUCGCGAUACCUGCGCAGACAAAUGAUCGCUGAUGUGCGGGUUUACCACGCCCUGUUACAAAGUUAUUUUGUUCAGAAAAAAAUAAUUUUAAAAAUCAUGUUUACAUUCACAUUUAUUUAUUUAUUUAUUUUUCAUAAAUGUGUGCGAUUCAGAGUGUGUAAUUCUCCCCAAGCGCGUCGGUCGCGUUUCGUUGACCUAGAGGAUUUUAUCGAUGCGGCGUGACAGGGAUUUGUGUGACGGCCGAUCGCGGGGUCGGGGUGUGUGUGAGCAGGAGCUCCACGCAGCAGCAGCACGGAUCUGUGCACAGAGCUGAACACGCGGCUGAUCACAGCGGAGCGACCAUCCACUUGACUCUCGAAUCUAUACGAGCAGAACGGUCUCCUUCGACUGGAGAGUGAAUAUGGUACAAAAGAGACGGAGCUAAAGACGACUGACACACGAAUGUGGUACAAAAGAGACUGAGCAGCAGCUCGGUGUUGGGGGACCCCAGACAAUGGAGAGCUACGAGGACUUCCUUUCCCAAAGCCUCGCCAGGCUAAAGACGGAAGGGAAGCUGCCACUGUUCCAGGGGACCUGUAGACAACAGGGGGGUCUCUCCACUAUUCGGUUCUAUGGAAGGCCUGUGCUGUCGCCUGUGCUGAAUAAGGAGCAGUGCAAAGAAAUGGUGCAGCAUAGACUCAGGGCUGUGCAGCUGGACACAGAGAGACAGAGCGUGCGAAAGGGCACGUCUUCCGGGGUGCGUGACAUCGUGGAAGGGGUGCAGGUGAGUUUGUUGACCACUGUAACUGCAGGCACUGAAACCUGGCUUGGAAGUGACUUUUCUUUUGUUUUGCAGAAGCAUAACCAGUCCCCUGGGUUUAGCUUUGAAAAUGACUUCUCUCAGGUGUCCCAUGUGGCUUUGACCUCAAGCGGUGAUACCGGGAGCUUCUUCUCAAAGGCAGAACCCUCCUUGCAUGAACAAAAUGUCUCGGGAGAUGCAGAAGAGCAGGUGGAAGGAGAGAAAGAGAGCGGCAGCCCCUGCAUCAGUCUCCAGAGCCUGUUGAAGAGAUCCGGGGAGUAUUUGGAGAAGGAGCAAGGUCACCGGGGGUCAUGGGGCACCCAAGAGUCUGCACUUACAUUAACAGAGAGCCUUUCAGACAAGGAGAACAAGAGUGGGGAUGAUGUGGGUGCAGGAGUGCUGACCUACAGCCCUCACCAGUCCACUUUUGAGCCAAAUAGCUGCCCUGAGUCUCUACCUGGCGGCUACCUGCGCACUCAUGCCGGGCCCCACCCACACCGGCGCCGCCCUCGCCCAAUUUCCACUGGCAGCAUCCUGUCUGUUCCCCCCAUAAGCCCAUCAGAGACUAGCCCUCGGGGGCCAGGGGCCAGGGUUCCAGAAGUGGAUCCAGUAGCUGCCCCUGUAGUUGGAUCUGUUGAAAGGAGGUUGCCAGAACCCUUGCGCCCUAGUGACCGUGUGCCUUCCUCCGGUGCUACUGGCCAACCUGGCAGCCUCUCUAAGACCUGCCUGACAUGGACCCCAGUGCCCAGUACUGUGGGACCUGGCGCUACCCCCUCAGAGUUCCGCCGGCGCAGCAACACCCUCGACAGUCAUCUGAACCCCUCUCGUCCUGAACCACCAGUGGACCGGAACAGGGAGAGGAUCCCACGUAUGAUGGGCGGUGUGGUCUGGAGGGGUAUCUGCCAGCGUUCCCCGCCCACGCCACUCCGCCAGACCUCUCAUGGGGCCCCUGAGCACUCGUUCAUCCACAUCACCAGCAAGUUGGACAUGGAGGCUUCGCAGGUUUCCCACAAAAGUCAGCUCACAGCAUGCUUCCUGAACCCACGCAUGGAGGACCUGGACAGCGAAACAGGGGUAGUGCAGAGCCAUGUCCAUUCCCUGAAGGAGAAACGUUGGAGACUGGAGGAGCAGCAUGUCCGGCAUGUGUCUCUCCUCAUCACUGAACAGGAGAGGGCCCAAGAGCGUCUCCGUCAGCUGGAGGAUAAAGAGAGAAGACUGAGAGAACAUGAGGAUGAGCUGGUCAUGGACCUGGGGGACAGCUGGAAUGCUCCCAAGGAGCAUUGUCGCCCUCUGAGCCCCUCUCCCACACAGUUUCUUUUAGAGAGGUCCCCUGGAGGUAACACCUCCUUGCUGAGCCCUGGUCUGCCCUCACCUGGUGUCCACUCCCCGGUCUAUUUGUGGGGGCCUCCUGCAGGGACCAGUAAGGCCCGGAAAAGGCUGAGUCAGGUGCUGACCCCGGAGCAACAGUGUCGCUUGGGUGCUGUGGUGCGUGGCUUUCUUACUCGCCGACUGCUGAGCACGGAAAAACUGAAGCACCUGCGACAGACCGUGCACGACACACAGGAUUUCAUCCGCUCAUUCCAAACCGAAGCACCUCUAAGGAAAGGAUCCCUUUCAGCCCAAGAUAUGGCACUGCGUGAGCGAGUGAAAGCUCAGCUCCGAGCAGCUCUGUAUGAUGUGCAUGACAUCUUCUUUGAGAUGCCACUUGGGGAUCGCUUGGCACUGUUGCAGCAGGACAGGGAGCUGCGUUCCGAGAGGAAACUGAGAGAAAUGGAGAAAGCAAGAAGCCCCAAAGACAGAGUGACACUCUCGGCUGCUACACAGAAGUCCCUGGAUAGGAAGAAACAGAGGGUCGGCGAAUCACCAGGGUCAGUUAAGAAAAGUCAGCAAAAGCCAAAGAGCCCCCCCAAAAACAGGAUCCUACAGCCGAGCCAGGGCCAGAAUGCCCCCGUCAAUGCGCACCUGCUCCGACAGGGGAGUCUUUAUAGGAAGACCCCAGAAGAGAGAGUGAAGCACUCAGACAACAUGAGAAAGCGGCACUCUCUGGGCUAGUCCAGGGUUCCCUUGCACCCACUGCUGCUCCCGGUCAUACUGUUGCUAUAUACCGACGUAGAUCAGGUAGUAAGUAGUGUGGCAGCACUGAAGGAGGAGCAUGUGGCGUAGUGCUCAUAACUGCCGUCUUGCACUGAAAGGACCCCAGCUCCAGUCCCACUUCCUGCUGUCGUACCCUUGAGCAAAGUACUUACCCUGAAUUGGUAAGUCAAAUCAAAGUUACCCAGUUCCAUAAGGGGGUAGAUCAUUGUAUGUAGCUUAACACUGUAAGUCACUUUGGAGAGACUCUAAAUAAAUGUGUAAAUGUAAAGUCCCACAACUCACAGUCUGACCGUUCCUACCAGUGAAGGGCUGCAGCAUCUCUGUCUCCACAGUGGCAUGAAACUCGAGUUCUCACACCAAAAACUUUCCGAACCCAACUGUACUGACUUUGACUAGCGAUACGCACUGAGUACACACGAGCGUCACUUUUUUCCAUCACCAU